AUGUGUGAAUCCUGUCAGCUACUCUUGCAGAAUUUAUAUAUAUUAGUGGCUAUAUGCUUUUCAUCAGAAGCAUUUCCUCUUGCAGGCUUUUCGAACUCUAUUAUCCAAACUUUUUUCUCUUCAGAUAUUUGGUCAAAAAUACCAGUCUUUGUAAGCAAAUAUCUGAUGAAAAAAAACUUCAAUCAAAUGACUCACUCCCCCCUCCGUGAGCGAACAAAACCAUUAGAAAAAUCCCUAUUUUUUGUCUAAAAAAACCCACCCUCCAUGAGCGAACUAAAAUUUUUUAUGAAAAAACAAAUUUUUUGAUAUAUAAGUGAUAAUUAUUAUAACGAAAUCUCUAGCUAAUUCUUUUAAUUUUGAACAGCUUGUAUUUUAAAACAUAAUUUUACAAAUUAAAUUAUUAUUUGCUUUCCAUUUGCGAAUUAGGAUUUUUUUAAAUUUCAAAAAAAAAUUUUUCUAUAUAUUUAUAUAUAAAUUUUUUAAAAAAAAUAUUAACCCCCUCCUAAGCGAACAAGAUUUUUUUGUUAGCUCAUGGAGGGGGAGUAAAGAAAUCACAAUUAGCGUUCCAUUUGCUGGCUAA